ACCGGAGUGCACAGAAUGUGCGGUGCAGGUGAAGAUGCAGACGUCCGAGUCCCGCAGAGUGAUAGCUCCCCCACUGCCUUGAACUCUAGGGCCAGGGCGGCACCUGCCGGCUUCAGGGCUGCUCGGCCGUGUCCCUUCUGUGCGGGCCCGGGCGGUGUCUUCUUUGGGGGCGGAGCGGAGAGGGCGGCGACGCGCAGAGCGGCGGUGCGCAGCGUGGGGGGGACGAGCCUGCACGCUGUGGUCAUGCGCGGCGUCUGGGUGAGCGUCCCCUCGUUGGUGACCCCGGGCCGAUCGGCCCCGCCUCCACCGGUCCAGCCGUGUCAGAGGCGGGAAAUCUCCUCUUGGCUGGCCCGAUGGUUCCCCAAAGACCCAGCCAAGCCUGUGGUGGCACAGAAGACACCCAUCAGAUUGGAGCUGGUUGCCGGAAAAACCUACAGGUGGUGUGUAUGUGGCCGAAGCAAGAAACAGCCCUUCUGUGAUGGCUCCCACUUCUUCCAGCGUACUGGCCUUUCUCCACUCAAGUUCAAGGCCCAAGAGACACGCACAGUGGCCCUAUGUGCCUGCAAGGCCACUCGGCGACCCCCUUACUGUGAUGGUACCCACAAAAGUGAGCAGGUACAGAAAGCAGAAAUAGGUGCCCCACUCUGAGGGGGGACUGUGACCCCAGGCAGUAAUGCCGAGCCACACAUGGAAGGGGACAUCCAAGGACCACAUCUCGUUAGCAGUUGUGCCCUGGAAAACCUGUAUUCUCCUGUUGGGCAGCUGAGAGCCAGGCUCGGCAUCUGAUAAAGCUGUCAAUAAACACCUCGGCCUGUCCUCUA